AAAAGAACCAUUCCCCUGCUGACCAUCUCUUUAGAUCCGGAGCCCAAGAAAAAGACCUGACGUCGUAGCAGGAGAAACCGAGGUGUAUGGAAACCAAAGGCCAACUUCAAGUUUCGUGAAGACCAAGAAAAGCGGAGGGUGCAGGUCGAAGCUGAUGCUUUAUUUCUGAAACUCGUGGCAGAAUGGUGGUUUCUGUGGUCCGGGCUACCGCUCUAUUGAUGGAGAACGGACAGCUGCCUCAAGUUCAAGGGCUGAGUCAUGUCCUCUAAGCUGCUCCGGGGCUGCCUCCUUCCAGCUGGGCCAUCUUAUCUGGACUGUCGAGGGUGGCAGGCCCUCCAGAGCGCCGGCGGGAAAGGGGGCCCUCUGGGCGGGAGGCUGGCAGGGUCAGGGAAAGGCCAUGAUCCCUUUGCGGGAGGACAGCCGGGAAGAGGGCGUCUGCCCCAUCUGCCAGGAGGGCCUCAAGGAGGCGGUGAGCACUGACUGUGGACACCUCUUCUGCCGAGUGUGCCUGGCCCAGCACCUGGGGAAGGCCUCGGCCUCCGGGGUCCUCAGCUGCCCCCUCUGCCGGAAGCCCUGUUCUGAGGGGGUCCUGGGGGCCGGCUAUACCUGCCACAGCCACCAGAAGAAGGUGUGCUGGUUCUGUGAGGAGAGCAGACUUCUCCUGUGUGUGGAGUGCCGGGGGUCCCCUGAGCACAGUUCUCACUGUGAAUUGGCCAUUGAAAACGCCAUCAGCCACUACAAGGAACGACUCAACCGCAGGAUCAGGAAGCUGAAGAAGGAUGCCUGUGAGCUCCAGCGGCUCAGGGCUCAGGAGGAGAGACUGCAGACCACGCAGUUUCAGACAGACUGUGGGACCCACAGGCUGGAGGCUGGGCUGGAGAGACAGCUGGAUGCCCUCGCCCGGCAGGGGCCAGGCCACCUGGAGGACGUGCCGGCAGAGGUGUCCAGACUUCUUGGCAUCUCCAGGGCAAUAACAUAUCUCAGCAACCUGGUAACUGAUCUGGAGACAGUGGCCAAGAAACUGGAUGUCAACAUGCUGAAGAGUGCCAGCGAUUUAUUGAACAGGAGUGCUCCCGAGCAGAUAGAAUACUUAAAGAAAAGAACCAACGAAACACUUCUCCUUCCAUCCUCGGCAGCUCUGACCCGUUCCUCCCGGGGUCCCCUCAUCUCAGACUCACCUCAGCCUCCUGGCUCUCCUUCCUCCAACCUGCCCAGCCUCCCACCAGGUCAGCCUGGUGCACCUGCAGGCCUUCUGUCUCCUGAACACGGCCCCCUUUCCUCAUCUCACAGCCGUGAUGUGACACCCGACCCUCUGACACCUGGACAAUUGUGAUUGUCUCUUUCCAGAGCCAGGCUCAUCCCGUGGCCCCCACUGUAGAAGUCAAGAUCCAAGACCCCUAUUUCACCUGUGAACUGAUGGUAGCACCCAUCUCUUGCAACUUCAUAUUAAAAUGGGAGUGCCCAGAGAGUUCCCGUUGUGGCCCAGAAUGAUAAGAACCUGACAUGGUGUCUGUGAGGGUUUGAACCCUGACCUCACUCAGUGGGAUAAGCAUCUGCAGUUGGCACAGGCUGGGGCAUAGGUUGAAGAUGUGGCUUGGAUCUGGCUUUGCUGUGUCUGUGGUGUAGGCUGGCAGCUGUACCUCUGAUUCACCCACUACCCUGGGAACUUCCAUGUGCUGUAGGUGCAGCCAUAAAAAUAAAAAUAAAUAAAUAAAUAAUAAAAUUGCGUUUUAAAAAAUGGGAGUGCCCAGGAGCCUGGAUGGCACACACUCGGCAGUGGUGAGGGCACUUCUGCCUAUGGAGCUGGCACAUCUGUUGGGAGGAAUGUUUCUUUGGCGCUCCUGUAGCACCUGUUGUCUGGACCACUCACCUGGUAUUUAUUCAUUGUGUGGGUGGUGGACAGACCCUAGGGUCACACCCCAUCAUCCUCCGCUCGCAGUGUUCCUGCCCUUGUGUGAUCCCCUCUGAGUAUGAGCAGAACUUGUGACUCAUUUCUAGUCAUUGGAAUAUGGCGACAGGGAUGGGAUGUUCCUUCACUGACUGUGUUGCACUGGGUAGGAUUCCUCCUUGCUGACCGACUCACUGUCGCUGGAUUGAUGAAGUGAGUGGCCCUAUGGCCAGAAGGAAGCUUCUAGGAGCUAAGAGAGGCUUCCAGCCUCCAGCCAACAAGAAGCAGGGGCCCUCAGUCUUGCAGCUGCAAGAAAAUUCUACCAACAGCCUAAGGGAACAUGGAAGUGGAUUUUCUUCCCCAGUCCAGCCUCUGAUGAGAAGUCAGCCUCAUCAGAGGCUGACUUGACUUGAUUGUAGCCCUGUGAGACCCUAAGCAGAGAACCCAAAUUUCUGACCCACAGAAACUGUGAGGCAAUAAAUGUCAUAGAAACUUUGAUAUAAUAAAU